UCUCCUCCUCCCGAGUGUUUGUGUGAAAUACACCAGCCUCAGGCUGGAAAGGCACCUGGCAAGGAGCUCGGGAAUGAAUGGCUCUGAAAUUUGUAGAAAAGUUGUGUGCUUACUAGAUUGAAGGGGGGAAAAAAAAAUGCUUCCUUGAAUUUCCAAGCGCUAGACCUGCCUCCGAGAUCAGCCCAAUAAGAGCUGUCAGGGGAGGCUCCCAGCUCACUUUUCCACAUCACUUCACAGUUACAUCUGGCAGGCAGGCACAUUGGAGCGCUCAGCCCCUGAAUUAGUGGAUUUAUUUGGACUAUCCCUGCUUUCCUGGCGAUGCGCUGCUGCCGCUGAUUUGUGCAAAGGGAGAAAUUACUAACUGCACUUUACUAUGCAGGCACAGAAACCUGAGAGUCUAAGUAACCUGCUUCUCCCCCAGCAUCAGCAGCAUCAAAAAGCAUGAAAGAAAUCCAGAGAAUCCUGCCCAUUCAGACGGACUGGUUAAUAUUUUCCUCUUCCUGAAGUAGACCCUUUAGAUCCAUUUGUGAAGUGGUCUUCGCAAGACGUUUCCUGGGUCAUUGAAAGAGAAUCUUGGAUGACAGGAAAACCCAGUGGAUCAUGUUUUUAUAAACUAAGCAAUUUUUGUUUAUGUUUACUGUGCUGCAAAUAUAUGGAGGAGCUGUAAGUAAAUGUACUUUACUGCAUGAUGAACUGGAUGGCUAUCAUCUGGAGGAAAGCAAAAUAAUCGUUUCAUUUCUGUGGUGAUUUGCUAAGCUCGUGGUACAAUGCCAGAAAGACUAACGGAGAUGCUUAUGGAUGUAUGGACUCCAUUAAUAAUAAUAUGGAUUACUGUCCUUCCUUCCAUUUAUAUGGCUCCACUGAAUCAGUCUCAAAUAUUACCACGUGGAUCCAGUAUAGGACUAAGUGGGCUCAGUGGAGAACAAAAGGUUUUCAACCGUUCGAAGAGGGGCUGGGUUUGGAACCAAAUGUUUGUGUUAGAAGAAUUUUCUGGACCUGAACCAAUAUUAGUUGGCCGGCUACACACAGACUUGGAUCCUGGAAGCAGCAAAAUCAAGUAUAUCCUGUCAGGAGAUGGAGCUGGGACAAUCUUUGUGAUCAAUGACAAGACUGGAGAUAUUCAUGCUAUGAAAAGACUUGACCGUGAGGAAAAGGCAGAGUACACACUAACAGCGCAAGCAAUUGAUAGGGAUACAAACAAACCUCUGGAACCACCUUCAGAAUUCAUCAUUAAGGUUCAAGACAUCAAUGACAAUGCACCAGAAUUUCUUGAUAGCCCAUAUCAUGCCACUGUUCCAGAAAUGUCCAUUGUGGGUACCUUUGUUACUAAAGUAACAGCCACAGAUGCAGAUGAUCCAGUUUAUGGAAAUAGCGCAAAGCUGGUUUACAGCAUUUUGGAAGGACAGCCUUACUUCUCCAUUGAACCACAUACAGCUAUAAUUAAAACUGCCCUUCCUAACAUGGACAGAGAAGCCAAAGAAGAAUACUUUGUGGUCAUCCAAGCAAAGGACAUGGGCGGACAUAUGGGCGGACUGUCUGGAACCACAACAGUGACAAUUACCCUCACUGAUGUUAAUGACAACCCUCCCAAAUUUGCACAGAGUCUGUAUCACUUCUCAGUAAUGGAAGACAUUGCUCUUGGGGAGCCAAUAGGAAGGGUUAAAGCAAAUGACCUGGAUAUUGGAGAAAAUGCUAAAUCAUCCUAUGACAUCAUUGAAGGAGAUGGAAUGGAUAUAUUUGAAAUCACGUCAGAGGCUCAGACUCAGGAUGGUAUUAUUAGACUGAGAAAGCCCCUGGACUUUGAGACCAAAAAAUCCUAUACUCUGAAGGUAGAAGCAGCCAACGUUCAUAUUGAUCCUCGCUUCAUCAGUGGAGGACCAUUCAAGGAUACAGCAACAGUAAAAAUUGUAGUGGAGGAUGCUGAUGAACCACCAGUCUUUUCAUCACCUACUUAUCUACUGGAAGUGCAUGAAAAUGCUGCUAUUAACUCUGUGAUUGGUCAGGUGACCUCUCAUGACCCUGAUGUGUCUUCUAGUCCUAUAAGGUUUUCCAUUGAUCGACACACUGAUCUCGAGAGACAGUUCAACAUUAAUGCAGAUGAUGGAAAAAUAACUUUAGCAACACCACUCGACAGAGAAACAAACAUAUGGCACAACAUAACUAUUGUAGCUACGGAAACUAGGAACCACAGUCAAGUAUCCCGAGUGCCUGUUGCUAUCAAAGUUCUUGAUGUAAAUGACAACGCUCCUGAGUUUGCAUCAGAGCAUGACGCCUUUUUAUGUGAGAAUGGGAAGCCUGGACAAGUAAUUCAAACUGUCAGUGCCAUUGACAAAGACGAUCCUAAAAAUGGACAUUUUUUUCUGUAUAGUCUUCUUCCUGAAAUGGUCAACAAUCCGAAUUUCACCAUCAAUAAAAAUGAAGAUAAUACACUCAGCAUUUUGGCAAAGCACAGCAGAUUCAGCCGUCAGAAGCAAGAAGUGUAUCUUUUACCAAUCAUAAUAAGUGAUAGUGGAAAUCCUCCCAUGAGCAGCACUAGCACCCUUACAAUUCGGGUCUGCGGUUGCAGCAGUGAUGGUGUUGUCCAGUCCUGUAAUGUUGAAGCUUAUGUACUUCCUAUUGGACUCAGUAUGGGAGCCUUAAUUGCCAUAUUAGCAUGCAUCAUUUUGCUGCUAGUUAUUGUGGUGCUGUUUGUGACAUUGAGAAGACAUAAAAAUGAGCCUCUGAUUAUCAAAGAUGAGGAAGACGUGAGGGAAAAUAUAAUCCGUUAUGAUGAUGAAGGAGGGGGUGAAGAAGAUACAGAAGCUUUUGAUAUUGCAACUUUGCAAAAUCCAGAUGGAAUUAAUGGAUUUUUACCCCGUAAGGAUAUUAAGCCUGAUCUUCAAUUUAUGCCCAGGCAGGGGCUUACACCUGUUCCUAAUGGUGUUGACAUUGAUGAAUUUAUUAACGUAAGGCUUCAUGAAGCUGAUAAUGAUCCCACGGCUCCACCUUAUGACUCUAUCCAGAUUUAUGGCUAUGAAGGAAGAGGCUCAGUGGCUGGUUCCCUUAGUUCUUUGGAGUCCUCUACAUCAGACUCAGAUCAGAAUUUUGACUACCUCAGUGAAUGGGGUCCCCGCUUUAAAAGACUUGGAGAACUUUACUCAGUCGGAGAAAGUGACAAAGAAACUUGACAGUGGAUUACAAACUUUUUCACUCUUGACUUAAGGAUCAUAUAAUAUUCUAGGGCCACUGCUAUUAGUUACGACUAAUGUGGCUUUUUGUUUUAGAGGCAAGUUUAGCGCCAGUCAUCUAAAAAAUCAUAAAAUCACCUUCAUUGUAAUGUUGAAUAAAAAAAAAGUAUAUGUUAGGAGGUAUAAGUCUUGUGGAGUGUGAAGUAAAGUAUGUGGAGUGUCUAGAAGUCUUUGGAUAUUCGAUAUUCACUUGACCACUCUGAAGAUGGAGAUUUGAUCUUUGAUAAUCUUCAGUGAAAUGAAAGGAAUUAAAAGAAAAAGGUGCUUUUCUAGAUAAUGGACUUACAAUGAUUCUGCUGUUGAACAGAAUCAACUGUCAGUAUGUAAAGCUAAUGGUUUGUUUCCGCAUUGCCAACAAAGAUCCUGCCACAAAAAUGUUAAAAGCAAUAUCUGGUCUUCUUUGCAAUGCUGAAUGGAAACAGCGCUGUAAAUCCCUACUGGCUUCUACUGUGCAGUGACCAUACAUUGUACAUACAGUAAUUGUUGGCCACAUAACCACGGACUGAAUGUCAUCUUUAAAUAUUGUGUCAAGCCUUAAAAUAUUCACAUGUUCUUAAUCCAUUCCAGUGAUGGGCGUAUAAACCUUACCAAUAUGCAGAGGUUCAAGAGUGGGGGUUCAAAACCCUACUUUAAAAGACGAUUGUUUUCUAGAAGAAGAAACACUCUUAUCCUCUACUCCAUCUUCUGAAAGGGGAAAGAAAAAAAAAAACUGUGAAAGGAGAUGAACUUACAUAUAUGAAACAAUUAAUUAUUUUAUUGGUAAAGAUUGAAUUUAUUUGUUUAAUCCUUGAAAUAAAUAUUUUAUUGAUGUCCAUUACUGCUUUUAUUUAUUAAGGAUAAUAAUCUAUAGAGUAAGAUUAUAAAGAAAACUAAAUUAUAUUAAUUAAUAAACCUUUAGAGUUUUUUCUAUAUAUAAAAUGAAUGUUUAAUACAUGUACAUUUUGAAAAGAAAAUGACAAUUUGUUGCAGGUUAAAGCAGUAACCUAUCCAUUUGCAGUAGCUGAGUUUUAAGUGAAUGCUGGCAGGAAUAAAACUUUCCCAGAUAAAACUUUUGACACUUUUAUAUUUUCUUCAUAAAUCUAGUAACUGACAUUUUUAAUACAAGCACAAACAGCUGGAAGUAAACUGGUUCAUGUGAAUAUUUAAACUGUAGACUUUUAGAAAUCCACACAUUACACAGUACAGUAAAACAAUGCUUAUAGUUCUCCACUGUAUUAGAGCAGGAACCAGUAUGUACAUAAUUUUACUGCUUCUCUUACUAGCAUUUCUUUUAUAUAAUAUUCAUGGUGGUGCACCAGGGCUCUUGCACACACACAGAAAACAGCACUAGGAGCUGCAAGCAUAUUAAAUUUGUAAUGCAAACUUGCCAUUUAGAAGUAGCAAUUGUAUAAUAAAACUGAGUAUUACAUGCAAAUCAUUUUAAUUUUCUACUUUCUUUUGAUGCUAUAUUAUCAUUUGUUUAUUUACUUCAUGUAUUGUAUUCAGAGAAACUCCUGUAUUGUUUCCUACUUUGUGAAAUAUAUUUUUAUAAAUACCUUUCUUGUGAUCACUGUUUCUUUUCAGUUUAACCUGUACCCUAUAGACAGGAAUCAUCAGCUGUGAAUAGCUAAAAAGUUCUCUAUAAACCUCUGACUGCUACAAUUUCUUCAGUCAUUUAUUAGUCAAUUAAAUCGUUCACUAUUGGCAAUCACAUCAAUACCCUGUUUAAAAUAGGGGAUAAAAUCAGAAUAACAAAAGAAAAAGAUGUU